AUGAAUGAAGAUCAAAUUAAGUUAGAAUAACAGAUCUUUGGCCCUUAAAUUACUCAAAUUCCUGAUUUAACUUAAUAUUAGAAACAACAGUUGGAAUCUUAAGAAUCUAUGAGAUCAAUAGAAAGUCCUCAUAUUUAAACUAAUCGUUAUUUUGUAAGUAAACAAAGGUUAUAGAGAUUAACAAGAAUAAUAAAUACAUCCUAAAAUAAUUAGCCUAAGUUAGAGUAAAAGAUACCUCCUAAAAUAGAUGAAAAUGAGGCAUUUAUGAGACUUGUAAGAAAAAAUAGAUUAAUAUAAAAAUUCAAAUAAAAUUUGUUUUUGAACUCAUAUAUACUUUCUAAUGCUUUAAAAACAAAAAUCUUAUCUUAAGAAAAAUAUAUUUAACCUCAAAUAUUUAGAUUUUUAUAGAGUAUUUAUUAUGAUAUAAAUAGAUAGAAUAUGGUUAAUCUAAAUUAAAAUCAGCAAUAUUAUUACCCCAAAACCCUUUUUUGUAUUUUUGGGAUUUAAUAACAUUAUUAUCAAGUAUUCUAGCUUUAUGGAUUUGUCCAUUUCUAUUAAGCUUUUCAUUUGAUGAAUACUCAUUUCCAAAAAUAAUAAUAGGACUUAUAACACAUUUGAUAAUUGAUAAUAUUUUGGCAAUAAAUAGAGCUUAUAUAGAAUAAGGAGAAGUAAUAGUUGAUAGAAAGUAAAUUAUAUUGUAAUAUUUGAACAAUCAAGCAGUCUUAGAGAUUGUGUCAUUAAUGUUAUGGAUUGGUAUUUAUCCUAAUAUUUUGAAGGAGUUCAGUUCAUCAAAAUAAAUAUUAUUGAUUUUAUAAAAUAUAAUAGUACUUAUAAAGUUAAAGAGAACUAAUACUAAAAUGGAGAAUAUUUAUUUAAAACAUACAUUAAGUAAUGCAGCUGAUUUAUUAACUCUAAUUUUAUCAAUAUAUUUCUUUGCCCAUUUUAUGGCUUGUUUAUUUCAUUAUAUAGGUGUAAUUACUGAAGAAUAUGAAUUAACUUGGUUAAUUUAAAGAUAAAUAAGACAUGAAUAAGUAUGGAUUAGAUAUAAUACAUCAUUUUAUUGGGCAACUAUGACAAUAACUACUGUUGGAUAUGGUGAUAUAACUCCUGAAAAUUAAGGAGAAAUGUUAUUUGUUAAUUUAAUGAUGUUGCUUUCUAGUUUUUUAUUUGCUUAUUCUAUGAAUUCAAUAGGGAUUAUACUUAGAAAUCUAUAUGAAUAAAAUAAGAAUUAAAAGUAAGUAUUUAAAUUUAUACAAAAUUUAGAAGGUCAAUAUUGCAAUUGAAUAAUUACAUGAAUCAUAAUUAGGUUGAUCUUUCAUUACAGAUUAGAAUUCGAAAUUAUUUGAAACAUAAAAUGGCUAAUAUGAAUUAUGAAAAGAUUGAAUUUAUAAAUAAAACUAUUUCUGAAUUACCAAAAGGUUUAAGAUUUGAAUUGAACUAAAAUAUAUCUGAAAAAAUACUCAAAUCUAUUAAAUUAUUUUCAGAUCAAUUUUCUAAAAUUACCCAACAAGCAUUGACAUAGAAAAUGAAUCGAUUAUUGUUUUAACCAGAAGAAUAUAUUUAUCAUUAAUAUGAAAUUGAUGAUUAAUCCUUGUAAUACUUAUUAAAUAUUUAGAGAUAUUUCGUAAAAGAAGGAAUUAUUGAUAUUUGCGAAGAACAAAGCUAAUAAGUUAUAUAAACAUUGACAAAAGGAUAGACAUUUGGAGAAUAUUAAUUUUUUACAGGAUUUCCUACUAAAACUUGUGCUUUUAGUAGAACCCAAAGUGAAGUAGUAUAGAUUCAUAGAUCUAAUUUUUUAAAAUUAAUAAAAGAUGAAAAAAAAGAUAUGGAAAGAUUUAAUCAUAUUAAAGAUAAGAUUCUUUUGUAUUCAAAUUAUAAUUCUAUAUUACUUAAUUGUAAUCAAUGUAAUAGAAGUUCACAUCUUAAUAUUAAUUGUCCAUUACUCACAUAUCAACCUGAUCUUGAAGGAAUGAUAAAGAAAUAAUCUAUCAAUAAGAAUCCAUAAAAGAGAAUGGGUUAUCAUAGAAAAGGUGAUAAAAUAAAUACAAGAAGAAUGUUAGCUACAAUUUAAGAUUCUCUUAAUAAAUUUUAAUCUGAAUGCUAAAUCAAUUCAGAAGAUGAAUAAUCUAGAUAUAUGUCUCCUGAUUAUAAUAGUCGUAUAAAUUAUAGGAAAAAAUCAAUUAAGAAACCUCAUUAAAUGAUUUCAAUUUCAAAUACUGUAAUAUCAGAAAAAGAUAUGCUCCCAUCUGAUAAACAUAUUUAAAUUUUACCAUCUAAAGAAAAUUUUGAAAGAAAAAAAACUACUCCUUCCAAAUUUCUAAUUUAAGGUGAAGAAUCUUAUUAUAAAGAAUAAAAUAAAGAUAUGCUUUAAGAAUUUGAAACUAAAUUACAAUUCCAUCACAUCAAUAUAGAUUAGAUCAAAAUUUAUCAAGAUUAUAUGUAACACAAUAAUUUUCAUAAUGUAAUUAAAAGUCUUGAAUUUAUAAAUAACACAAAAUAAUAUAGAAAUAGAUACAAAGAAACUGGAAAAUACACUUUUAAUUAUUUAGUAAAACAAUAAUCCUUACAUUUAAGGAAAUGGUAUGAACAUAAAUUAAAAUGA